AUGUCUGCUACACGCAUUGUCGUACCAGUCAUCCUCGCCACAAACCCAGCCGAUGGAGUCCUUGAGGACGUGGCAGCCGCCUCGUGGGAGGGCCCACAUGUAGUGCUUACCCGCAUGUCCACUCGGUAUCGUCGCCAUAUAUCCCGGCAUCGGUUCAUCCUUGCUGCAUAUCUGCUGUUCACCGCACGCCAAAUAGCCAUUUUUGAUGUUGACCCAGCAUUUGUCAGUACUGCUGUUCAUACUGCUGCGGAGAUGCUGACAAUCAUCAAGGUCUUCAAUAUAGAUUCAAUUCUUCCCAACUACCACUCCAUACUACCCACCAGAGUGUCAUUCAGUCAACUCGCGUUCAAAGAGUUCCUCACCUCGGUACUGCACAAGCAGCAGGGUCGUCCCCCUACUGGACCAUUCAUCGACAACUAUAUUGUCUAUUGCGGCCGUAGGGCAGCUCGGUACCUCGUCGUCUCUCUCCGUUUCAGCAGCAUAAAAGCCGUGCUCCUCGUCGCGUACGCAGCACUCUUGGGGACGCUCGUGGGAAUUGGAGCUGGACUGGCGACACACGACGUGAGCACUGGAGCACAAGUCGCUGGCGCCAUCUUCACCCUUGUGGUGGUCAUAGCUCCUUCUUUGGCUGCCUUGGUGUGGCACGUUGUGUGA